UACCCUUCUAAUAUAAGGUAGCAGCACUAGUCGUAACAGUCCUUAUAGUGGGGGAAAGGGGUACGGCUCAGUUAUAAUAGAAAUUUUCUGCUAGAUUGUAACAGUUGCACCUCUGAGUGUAGUGAUUAUUACAAACACACCAAUAUGAAAACUUUGAUCUACGUUUGCUUAAUCGUUGGAGUAGCCUUGGCUGCAGAAAAGAAGGAAAAAACUGACGAAAAGAAAGUAGGCAAGCGUGGAGUUCUUGGAUUAGGCAUCUCAGGUCAUGGACUUUUAGAUGGAGGCUGGGGAGGAGUUGGAUUAGCUAGAGGAGUUGGUCUAGGUGGAGGAGUUGGUCUAGGUGGAGUUGGUUUGGGAUCCUUGGGAUCUGGUUUGGUUGGAGCAGCUGGUCUUGGAGGAGCUGGUCUUGGAGGAGUUGGCCUUGCAGGUGGUGUAGCUGGUCCAGCUAUUGAACUCAGCUCUCACGCCCACACUCAUACCACUAUUACCAGGAACUUGGGAGUUCCAGUAGCUCAACCAGUUGGUAUCCCAGUCGACAGACCAGUCGGAGUCCCAGUUCCUGUCGAUGUACCAAUCGCUGUAGACCGCCCAGUUGGUGUACCAGUUGCAAGACCUGUACCUAUUGGAGUUGAUAGACCUAUCGCUGUACCCGUCGAUCGUCCAAUCCACGUGGAUGUACCCAGCCCAUAUGCCGUAGCUGUAGACAGGCCUGUCCCUGUAGGUAUUCCUCACCCAGUGCCUGUGGGAGUAGCUAGACCCGUACCAAUUGGUGUACCUCACCCAGUCCCCAUAGUAUCCAAAAUUAUCUUGGGUCAUCACUAAAUAAAUAGUUUUCAAAAAGUGGUUAAGAUCAAAUAAGCAAAGGGAUUUUGUGAAUAAAGAAAUGUUUUUUGUAAAUAAGUAAAAUAAAUUAUUUUUGUAAUAGUUCAA